UUCUCUCGACCUGUAGAAAGAACAAGUUCUGGUUCCUCACCACACACCCAGCUGACGGACAGGACCCAGCAUCACUCCCUCCCUGAGACAAUGACUAUGUUCGAGAAUGUCACCCGGGCGCUGGCUAGACAGCUGAACCCUCGAGGGGAUCUGACACCCCUAGACAGCCUCAUUGACUUCAAACGCUUCCAUCCCUUUUGCCUGGUGCUGAGGAAGAGGAAGAGUACACUGUUCUGGGGGGCCCGCUACGUCCGCACCGACUACACUCUCCUGGAUCUGCUGGAGCCUGGCAACACCCCCUCAGAUCCAACAGAUGGCGGGAACUUUAGCUUUAAGAAUAUGCUGGAUGCCCGGGUCGAGGGGGACGUGGACGUGCCGAAGACAGUGAAGGUAAAGGGGACCGCAGGCCUGUCACGAAGCAGUACACUGGAGGUGCAGACACUCAGCGUAGCUCCCAAGGCUCUGGAGAGCCUGCACAAAGAGAGGAAACUGUCAGCAGAUCACCCGUUCCUGAAGGAGAUGUGGGAUCGCGGGGAGAACCUGUAUGUGGUGAUGGAGGUGGUGGAAACCGUGCAGGAAGUCACUCUGGAGCGAGCUGGCAAGGCAGAGGGCUGCUUCUCUCUCCCCUUCUUUGCCCCACUGGGACUACAGGGAUCCUUGAACCACAAGGAGGCUGUAACCAUCCCCAAGGGCUGUGUCCUGGCUUAUCGAGUGAGACAACUGAUGGUCAAUGGGAAAGAUGAGUGGGACAUCCCACACGUUUACAAUGACAGCAUGCAAACCUUCCCUCCCGGAGAAAAGCCAGGAGAAGGGAAGUUCAUACUGAUCCAGGCAUCUGAUGUCGGGGAGAUGCACGACGACUUCAAGACAUUAAAAGAAGAGGUUCAGCGAGAGACUCGAGAAAUAGAGAAGUUGAGUCAAGUGGGGCGAAGCUCCCUACUCACUUCCCUCAGACAUCUCCUAGGAAAGAAGAAAGAGCUCCAGGACCUUGAGCAGACGCUUGAAGGGGCUCUAGACAAGGGACACGAAGUGACCCUGGAAGCACUCCCCAAAGAUGUCCUGCUGUCGAAGGAUGCUAUGGACGCCAUCCUAUACUUCCUUGGGGCUCUGACAGUGCUAAGUGAGGCCCAGCAGAAGCUUCUAGUGAAAUCCGUGGAGAAAAAGAUCCUACCACUGCAACUGAAACUGGUUGAAAGCACCUUGGAGCAGAACUUCCUGCAAGAUAAAGAAGGUGUCUUCCCCCUACGGCCUGACCUGCUCUCCUCCCUCGGGGAGGAGGAACUGACCCUAACAGAAGCACUGGUGGGACUAAGCGGCCUGGAAGUCCAGAGGUCCGGCCCCCAGUACACGUGGGAUCCAGACACCCUUCCCCAUCUCUGUGCCCUCUACGCUGGUCUCUCCCUCCUUCAGCUGCUAAGCAUGGGUUCCUAAUGCACCUUCUUGGCCUGCUUCCCUAACGCCUCCCAGCCUUACUGUGUGCUCUGUCUGUAACACUCAAGACACUACAGAACCUCCAGGCUGAAGAUAACUGAAAUGCCGGCUCCUCCAUGGUCACCAAGUUCCUCCUGCCUCACCAUCUCUCUAUCCCCUGCCCUCCAGCUCAGCACCCCCUAAGCCCAUCUCCUGAUGCUUAAAUCCUGAAGAUACAGAAUCAUUCAAACCCUUAUUACUUUGAGUCACUUCAUUAAAGGGGGGGAGGGGGCUGGGGUGGGAGUGUGUGGGGUAUACGACUUUAAUCCCAGCAUUCCUGAGGCAGAGGCAGGUAAAUCUCUUAAGUUCGAGGCCAGCCUGGUCUACAGAGUGAGUUCCAGGACAGCCAGAGCUACACAAGACAACCCUGUCUCAAAACAACAACAACAACAACAACAACAACAACAACAACAACAACAAAAACCACAUUCACUUCCCAUGCAUGUUUCCGAAAAAAAAUAUUAGCCAUUCAAGAAUGAAUGAAAAUAUUAUGUCAACCCUAGGACAAGCUGUCUUCUGGUUUUUCUGUAAAGGGAAUGGUUCAUUUGUGCCAGGUAAAGAAACAGACAUUACCCAUAAGCACAUGAUACUGCUCGCACUGUCCUCAGGCUGGUGGGGAAAAUGCUCCAGGAACUCAGAGGGUUAGAAUUCAGAGUGACUGCUUUACUUGAGAAGAUCAUCGAAGCAGUGUGACUUCACCGAAGAGCCCCUGUUCUCCAGCCAUGGUUGAGGGCUUGGGAGAGGGAAAGAGAGGUCUAGAGGACUAUGAUGCAAGCACAAAACAAAACAACACAUUUUCAUGUUGAUUAUGUAGAAAAUGGGGGCAGGAGAGGUGCUCAGUGGUUAAGAGCACUGACUGCUCUUCCAGAGGUCCUGAGUUCAAUUCCCAGUAACCACAUGGUGGCUCACAACCAUCUGUAAUGGGAUCUGAUGCCCUCUUCUGGUGUGUCUGAAGACAGCUACAGUGUACUCAUAUAUAAUAAAUAAUUAAAUCUUUUUAAAAAAAGAAUUAAGUAGAAAAUGAAGGUGAGAUCCUAUCUCAAAAAAAAAUUAAAUUAGAGGAAGAGGAAGGAGGGACACCCAAGAAUAAGACCUAAACCUUUUUUUUUUUUUUCUUUUUCUUUUUUUCGGAGCUGGGAACCGAACCCAGGGCCUUGCACUUGCUAGGCAAGCGCUCUACCACUGAGCUAAAUCCCCAACCCCAGACCUAAACCUUUAAACAGUGGUUUGAUCUGUGGGUCUUGACCCCUUCGGGAGGUCAAAUGACUCAGAGGCGUUACAUACCAGAUAUCCUGCAUAUCAGAUAUUUACAUUAUGACUCAGAACAGUUGCAAAAUUGCUAUGAAGUAGCAACCAAAAUAACCCUAUGGUUGGGGGUCACCACAGCACGAGGAACUGGAUUAAAGGGUUGCGGUGUUGGGAAG